ACCACGUCGUUCCUCAAGAGAUGCUCCGCUUGAAUUCGAAGGAGGUCCGUCAGCUUCUACACAACAAGUUUGUGGUCAUCUUAGGCGACUCAAUCCAGCGAUCUGUGUACAAGGACCUCAUUCAGUUGCUGCAGAGUGACUCCUUACUCACUUCGUCCCAAAUGAAGACUAAGGGGGAAUUCACUUUUGAAAACGACCACCUAAUCGAAGGUGGUGUGCUUGAGGGCCUACACAACGGAAUUCAUUACCGGGAAGUCCGUCAGUAUCGCACCCGUUAUCAUCUCAUCCGCUUCUACUUCCUGACUCGGAUCUACUCGGCAUAUUUUGAAAGCAUCCUCGACGAUUUCCGGGCUGGCCCAGCGCCAGAUGUUUUGAUCCUCAAUUCUUGUGUUUGGGAUGUUUCCAGAUACGGCCCGUCUUCCAUGAUUGAAUACCGCAAGAAUCUGGAGAUCGCUUUCAACAGAUUGGAUGCUGAGCUCUCAUCCUCCUGUUUGGUCAUCUGGAACAUGACCAUGCCUCUUGGACCCAGGAUCAAAGGUGGCUUCCUUAUACCAGAGCUGCAGCACCUGAACCAGACCCUCCGCAAGGACAUCAUUGAAGGCAACUUCUACGGGGCCACGCUGGCUGCCCUCCACCUUUUUGACGUGGUGGACCUCCACUUCCACUUCCGCUUCGACGUGGGGAACCGGGUCAAAGAUGGCAUCCACUGGAACAACGUGGUGCAUCGCAGGAUCACCAACCUUCUCCUGACCCAUCUGGCAGACGCCUGGGGCGUCGUGAUCCCAGAGAAGGAUCCUUGGGAGGAACAAACCAAGGCCAUCAGGCUGCUAGCUGCCCCAGCGGACAUUAUAGGACACCUCAAUAGGAGCAGAAGAGAAUAUGAAGAUGCCGCAGGCUUCCGGGAAUGUCCCACACCGGCAACCCGAUGGCGGCACAAAGAACAUCAAGUGACAUUUGCUGGCCGUUAUGAAGCCGACGGGCGUUAUCCAGAGCACCCCGUUUUCUAUGAUGACUGUUUACUCGUUCCCAAUGGUGGAGGGACAUCGACGCCUUUCGUGGGAUUUACCAGCUUUGAGGACUCCCAAGGCUUCUCCUUUUACCCAGACAACGUGUUCAGAGGUCAGUGCUUAUGUGCACAUGUGUGUACGUGGCCCUCGACAACUUUGAUUGCCAUCUGUGGGCCCCCCCAGAUCCCUUCCUGCCUUACCCCUCCCACAACGAAGAAAACAUAUUCCCAAGCUCCAGGUGGCAUCGAAAAAGAAGAACACAUGUGGGCUCUCCCUUUGUCAUGCGCCAAGAGCACUCGUAUCGGGGAGAUGUUACGCCUUGACCCAUCACAGCUGCCCGUCCUCGUCUACCCGUUCCGCGUCGCUCUCAACUACUGCUUCUCUCUGGGCAAUUCACUGCAGGACAAAUUGCUCCGGCCAAUUCGCCACGUGGGACAAUUAGCUCCGCGGGAUAGUUCCCAUCUGGGACCCCACACCGCGGCCCACAGGGGCUGCAACUUCUGCCGUGCUACCAGGACGGUCGGGGUCUAG